AUGCACACGCUGUCCACUCUUGUUGUUGCCGGCCUGGCGGCCGUAGUUUCUGCGGCCCCCGCGCCGGCGGACGGUUUCCGGCUGACGGUCGACACGGCCACGACGUACCAGACGAUUGACGGGUUCGGGUUCAGCGAGGCGUUCCAGCGCGCGCACCAAAUCAUCGACCUGCCCGAGGCCACGCGGGCCGCGCUGGUGGACCUGCUGUUCAACGCGACGUCGGGCGUCGGCUUCUCGAUUCUGCGCAACGGCAUCGGCAGCAGCCCCAACAGCACGCAGGACUGGAUGAACACGAUCGAGCCCGACGCACCGGCCGGCGGGCCCGCGGGGGCGCCGCACUACGUGUGGGACGGCCGCGACUCGGGCCAGUUCUGGGUGGCGCAGCAGGCGGCGGCGUACGGGGUCAAGACGUUUUACGCGGACGCGUGGUCGGCGCCCGGAUUCAUGAAGAACAACAGCGACGAUGCGGGCGGCGGGUACCUGUGCGGCAGCCCGGGCGCGCCGGUGUGUGCCUCGGGCGACUGGCGCAAGGCGUAUGCCGAGUACCUCGUGGAGAACGUGCAGCUGUACAAGGAGCACGGCAUCCACAUUACACACCUUGGCUUUUUGAAUGAGCCCGACUUGACGACUGCCUAUGCCUCGAUGCUGAUGGACGGCGCGAUGGCGGCCGACUUCAUCAAGAUUCUGCACGCGGUGCUGGCCGCGCACGGCCUCGAGAAGCAGGUGCACAUCGCCUGCUGCGACGCCACGGGCUGGGCCACGCAGCGCAACAUGUCGGACGCCAUUCUGCGCGACGCCGACGCCGCGCCGCUCGUCGACGUGUUCACGACGCACCUCUACACCUCCAAGGUCGACGCGCCGCUGCCGACGCGGCCGCAGCAGCCGCAGCACGCGUGGAUGUCCGAGUACGCCGACCUCGGCGGCAACUGGUCGACGACCUGGUUCAACGCCGCCGCGGCCGCCGCCAACGACACCGACGCGCUGAAAGGCGACGGGCUGACGUGGGCGCAGCACCUCCACACGGGGCUGACGACGGGCAAUCUGAGCGCCUUCUUGUGGUGGGUGGCCACGCAGGACACGCAGACCAACGGCAACAACAACGAGAAGCUCGUGCUCGUCGACCUCGCGGCGGGCACCUACACCGUGGCCAAGCGGCUCUGGGCGUUUGCGCAGUUCAGCCGGGCGGCGCGGCCGGGCGCCGUGCGUGUCGCCGUCAAGACGACGGGCGUCGACGGCUGCGUGGCCAAGGGCGCGUCGCCGCUGCGCACGGUUGCGUUCCACAACGCCGACGGCAGCGUGUCCGUCGUCGCCAUCAACGACGGCGCCGUGGACGUGUCCAUCAGCGUGCGCAGCCGCGUCGCGAAUGCCGUCUCGGCCGAGGCCUGGGCGACGGACGAGACGCGGGACUUGGAGCCGGUGGCGGUGACGGUCGACGCGCGCGGCGACGUGACGGCUGCUGCGGUCCCGGCACACGGCGUCCUGAGCGUGAUUGUUCGUGUGUAG